CGCAGGCUCGCUGAUUUGAUCCUGUUGUUUUUGGUUCGGAAAGUUUCGGGUUGAAAGUCUGAAAAAAUGACUGAAGCAAAAAACGCAAAAGGUUCCACCGCGUUGAUAACAAAACCGGCCAAUCUAGAGUGCAAAAACCUAGAAGAAUAUCUUAAGUCACGACCGCCCGAUGCCCUCGAGAAGCUGUACAACUACCCGGCGAUAUGUCUGGCCGUCUAUCGUGAACUGCCGGAAAUCGCACGUCAAUUCGUGAUAAGAAUACUGUUUCUGGAGCAGGCAAUUCCACAAGCUGUCGUGACAUCAUGGGGCUCGCAGAUCUAUGCUAAGGAAAACUUAAUUGUUUCACGUGUUUUAACUGAUCUUGGUGUUUGGCGUAACAUUCCUAUCCCAGGAGGCCUUGAAGGUUUGGAAUUAUGUCCUACUUUCAAGAAGAAUCUGAAAAUUGCCUUACUAGGCGGAGGUCGACCUUGGUCGAUGAGCAAUGCAAUGGAUCCGGAUCAAAAAUCACGUGAUAUCGAAUUUCUUGACACGUAUGCUAUGUCCCGGUGGCGAUGCGUGUUGCACUAUAUGGUAGGUGCUGGCAGUUCGAAAGGUAUGGAAGGAGAAGGCAUUUCGCCCGACGCAGUUCGAAUCCUUCUGCAUGCGAAUCUGAUGAAACGGGAUGAAUCGGACGGUAGUCCGGUGAUUACGCGUCAAGGAUUUCAAUUCCUCUUGCUUGAUACGCAAGCGCAAGUGUGGCAUUUUAUGCUCCAGUAUUUGGAUACUUGCGAAGCACGAGGAUUAGAUUUGGCCGAAUGUUUGUCUAUGCUAUUUCAGCUUAGCUUUUCUACACUCGGUCGUGAUUAUAGUUCCGAAGGGUUGAGCCAAGGGUUGCUUACCUUUUUGCAGCACUUGCGAGAGUUUGGACUGGUCUACCAACGCAAGCGAAAGGAGGGACGAUUUUAUCCCACUCGAUUGGCACACAACAUCACCUCGAAGAAUGCCGUACCUGCCAUUCAGGAGGAUGACAGCACAUCACAGGACAAGGGGUACAUUGUGGUGGAAACAAACUACCGAGUGUAUGCAUACACCGAUUCCAACUUGCAAGUAGCCUUGCUAGGCCUGUUUACCGAACUGUUGUAUCGUUUUCCUAACUUAGUAGUUGGUGUGCUAACUAGAGAUGCAGUACGACAAGCUUUUCGGGGAGGAAUAACCGCUGAACAAAUUAUCAGCUAUCUAGAGCAGCAUGCACAUCCCACCAUGCUCUCCACAGAACAUUCAGUAAACACUAAAUCUCCACUUCCACCGACGGUGGUCGAUCAAAUUAAGUUAUGGGAAAAUGAACGGAACCGUUUUACGUACACCGAGGGCGUUGUUUACAAUCAGUUCCUGUCGCAGGGCGACUUCAACACCCUGCGAGACUAUGCACAAUCCAUCGGAGUAAUGACCUGGCAGAACGAGAGGACCCGAACUAUGGUUGUCACCAAAAAUGGUCACGAUGACGUGAAAAGAUUUUGGAAACGAUAUUCGAAGGGAGGAAGCUAAAGCUUGGGAUAGUUCUUUCGCUCAAUGUGAAUCGAAUGUUGAUCUUAGUGUUUAGUUUUCCUUUAAUAAAGUUU